GAGAGGAAGAAGCAGAACCCACGUUGGUUAAAUCCUUCCAUUCCAGCUCUUUCAGCACAGGCAGACAGUCGGUCAUUUCCAUCCGCAAAAAUGAACGGCGUAAACGACGAGCCAAUAGCACCACAAACAUUUCUUUACGGGUGUGUUCUGCAAGCAGGCAAGGAGGUGGUCUUUAAUCCUGAGGAUGACGACUUCGAGCACCAACUAGAUCUGAGGAUGGCAUGUGUUGACCCAAGCACAAAAGAUGAGCUUCAGGUGGUGGAGGUAGAAGGACAGAAUUCAGAGGAAGAGCAAGUUAAAGCAACACUAGCUUCACUUAAGCCAUCUACCCUGCCGAGUGUGUGCCUUGGUGGGUUCACAAUCACACCCCCAGCAGUGUUUCGUCUCAAGGCGGGUUCAGGUCCCGUCCACAUCAGUGGACAGCACCUUAUCAUGAUGGGGGGUGAUGAGAGUUUUGGUGAAGACAGUGAAGAAGAAGAGGAGGAGGAGGAGGUAGAGGAAGAUGUUAAAGUCUCAAAGAAAAGACCCGCCACAUCCCCUGCUACAAAGUCCCAGAAGAAAAGGAAAAUGGAGGAGGAAGAGGAGGAUGAUGACGAGGAGGAUGAGGCUGAAGAGGAUGAUGAAGAUGAUGCAGAAGAGGAGAGUGAAGCUGAAGAGACUCCUGUUAAGGCUAAGCCAACCCCAACCAAACAAAAAGGCAAGGCUCAGAACGGCAAGAACUCUGCACCGAGCACACCUGCCUCCAAGCAGACCCCAAAAGGAAAAGGUGAGAAGACUCCUAAGACUCCAGGAACACCCAAAGUGAAUCUGACCAUCCCAGAGAUUAAAGCCAAAAUAAUGGAGGCCAUGAAGAAGGGAGUCUCACUACCUAAAGCCCAACCCAAGUUUGAGAACUUUGUGAAGAAUUGCCACAAAGUGACAGACCCCAAGGUUGUUGCUGAGCUGUGGAAGUGGCGACAGACGGUGAAGGAGGAAAAGUAAUUGGCUCUGUAGUUUUAACAAUUUUAUGAAUUAUUUUUUCCCCAUACCCUCUCUCAUGAUCUGUACGUCCAAGUCUUUGCCACAGUUUUCCAUGAAGUCACCCUGCCUUCCUGAAUGUAGAGAUUAUGGUGGCGAUGAGCUGCUGGUGCGUUGUAUCACUUCUCCUUUACAUGAAUAAACCUGUUUGUUAAAUAAUCCGGAGUCUUUUCAGAAAUUAUUGUGGAUGAAAAUUGCUGCAUUGAAAGGACAUUUUUAUGCAUUUUUUGUUUGUAGUUAAGAUUUAUUUGAUCUAAAUUAGAAGCUGUAAAAAGCACAUUACAUCAGACUAGAUUGACAGUUUGUCGGCUGCAAUGUUGUUAAAAUAUAAGUUCCAUCAGCUCAUGAUCACAAUAUGCCAGAUUUUUUUUUUUUUUUUCUUCAUACCAUGAUGUCCAAGUUGUUCGUUUUACCGUCCAAUUAACCCUCCCCCCCCUUUUUUUUUUCUUUUUUUAAACAAGUUGAAUACAAUAAAGUGUCCGCUGCAUUUCAGCUCAGAGAUCCCCGGUCUGCUCUAAAACCGACAGCUCGUAGGCCAAAGGUUGUGUCACUUUAGGUGUUUCAUGCCUUAGGGAGUCUGCAAAUUGCGUAAUCUUUCUUAGAAAUUCCCAUAUGUACUCAAGUUUCAAAGGUGCAAAUUUGCCUAGUUACACUGAGAUUAGGAAAGAAUGGGAUGACUGGUAAAUGAGACCAUUCCAUGCAGUCAAACGGGUAUCUGUUUAUGGUUAUAACCUUUUGCUCUGGAUUUGAAUGUCUCAGAACUGUUUAAAACCGUAAGGUGUGGCUCUGUUUUCCAUUUCUGUUGGGUUGACUGAUUUACCCUGGUUAAUGGAUGUUUGCAUUGUUGUAAAGGUUUUUUUUUUUCUUUUUCUGAAACAACUUG